GGAAGUCUCCAGAGACCUCGCCUGGUAGCCCAGGAGGUGAAAGCUAUGCACUGCACAGAAGCUGGGAAGACUUUGAUUAAAUUCAACCACUGUAAGAAAUCCAUCUACGGCUUCAGGGUGCCCCCAUGCUGCCCUCUGUGCCAACAGGAAGUGGGCCCUGCGAAACUGGAGGAGGCACCUGUCAGCAUCUCUAAUCCAUUUACUGAUGGGCAUCAAGAAAAAUGCUCCUUCCUGCUCAGACCAACUCAGGGGACAUUUCUUAGGGAGUACGAUGGCAAGUCUGAUCUUCAUGUUGGAAUCACUAACACAAAUGGGGUUGUGUAUAAUUACAACCAACGUGGCGUCCAGCGAGACGAGGCCGGCUGGGAGCAGAGUCUAAGCGUCCCGUUGGUGCAGCCCAACAUGUUCGGACUGAUGAAUCAGUGGGACAAGUACCUGGAAGACUUCUCGGCCACGGGGGCCUGGCUGCCUCACAGGUAUGACGAAGACCACCACAACUGCUACAGCUACACCCUCAUGUUCAUUAACUGCAUUCUGACCACAGAAGGCAAACCACAACUGGACAAGAAUGAAUUCACAGAGAAAUAUGUGAUCCCAAGGACAAGGUUGGCCUCUAAGUAUAUCACACUCCACCGGGCAAUAGAAGAGCAUGGCUUCUAUGCGAUUGACCACCCUGACCAAGAGACAAGCCCUCCUUAGGAGGUGGUCUGUGCUGAAUGCUGUGUGUGACGGUAGAGGGGACAGGAUAUUCAGGGGUCACUAUCUUUAACUGAUACUAAGGAUUUCCAAAUGCAUCUAACUAUGGUUAAUAAAAAGGUAUGUGGUUUUAGGUAUACUUCAAGUUACCGCAGUCUAAGAAUUUAUUUAAAAAAAUAAAAAUUUCCCUGGGUUUAAAAAUUUAUAUGCAUUCCAACUAAAUUAUUUUCAUAGCAGUUGGAUUUAAGCUGAG